AUGGCUUCGUGCUGCCCCAGGUCCCACAGCCGCUUCAAAAUGCCGGCCGCCCAGCGCCUCCACGUGAAGACCAGGCCUUGCAAGAGAGAAGGAGGAAGGAGUGAAGGAGAGCGAGAGUUAGCGGUAGGAUGGGGAGGCGAUCGCAGUGUGAUGAGCCCGGAGAGUGGAGAAAGUCCAGCUCCUAAUGGGUGUCCGGUCCGUGGGACCAGACUACUGCUUAGCAGCGGUAAACAUCAGGCAAACAGAAUUUUGGGUGUUGUUAAAAAAGCAAUUGAGAAUGAAACAGAAGAUGAUCAUCAUCAUGUCACUGGGGAGUACCAUUGUGCGUCCACAUCUGCAGUGCUGCACCCACGUCAAGAACACAGAACUGGAAAUAAUGCAGAGAAGGGCCAACAGGGUGUUGCACGGUUUGGAAUGGCUCUCAGUGAAAAGACACCUUAUGACAACUUUUUGGCUGGCAGAAGAAGUGAUCGAGGAAGAUAUGAAUGUCAGCAAAGACCGUUGGGAGGCCUUCGGAAGGAGGCCUUUGGAAGGAGACUCAUCCACCGCCCUCCUGCCGCCUUCCCCGCUGCCUUCUCGCCAGCAGCGGACGACCUCCAGUGCUUCUCCCAGGCACUGGCAUGCACUCGCGUUGAUGACAGAUUAAAGCGGGAGUGCCAAGAAUGCACUUUCAUCGAAGAACAUCAUGGCUCAACACAUGGACUGCCUGUUGUAGCUCGUGAUCUCGUGGAGAGGAUUGUAGACAAAAGGAAGAACAAGAAGGGCAAAUGGGAAUAUCUCAUCAGGUGGAAAGGCUACGGAAGCAACGAAGACACCUGGGAACCUGAACAUCAUCUACUACAUUGUGAGGAAUUUAUCGAUGAGUUCAAUGGACUACAUGUCACUAGAGAAAAACGAUCAAGACAUGGGAAACAGGCCAGCGCUCCAAAAUUUUUACGGGAAAGCCGAGGGUCAUCUGUUGAGAAAAUGUCACAUAGGCCUUCUGAAUCUGGGAAGUCUAAAGGGUCAACACACAAAAGGAAGAGAAUUAAUCCAUCUCUUCAAAAACAGAAAAGAGGAUAUGCAGCAAAGCCAGCAUCUGCUAAUGACAGGGCUGCUAAAACUGUGACUUACCGAACUACUCCCAGCGGUUUACAGAUCAUGCCACUGAAAAAGCCACAUAAUGGUCUGCAGAAUGGAGAUGGCAGUCAUGAAAAAGAUUCUAGACAUUUUGGGAAUGGCUCACAACAGCAAAAUAUGGAUUUAAAUGAUCAUGAAGGAGAACAAAAUUUGCCCAGCGUGUUGGAAGUUAGUAAUGAUUCACCUGUUGUGAAUGGAAUUGGUUCUCCUCUGGCCAAUGGAAGCUUGAAUCUACACAGCACUGUGAAAAGGAAACUAGAUGGGGAGAAAGAUUAUGUCUUCGAUAAGAGACUAAGAUACAGCGUGCGUCAAAAUGAAAGUAACUGCCGGUUCAGGGACAUUGUAGUCCGGAAAGAAGAUGGUUUUACACAUAUUUUGCUGUCGAGCCAGACUUCAGAUAACAAUGCACUGACCCCAGAGAUCAUGAAGGAAGUUCGGAGAGCAUUGUGCAAUGCAUCAGCUGAUGACAGUAAACUCUUACUUCUCAGCGCAGUGGGAAGUGUAUUCUGUAGUGGCCUAGAUUACUCAUAUUUAAUUGGCAGGUUAUCCAAUGACAGAAGAAAGGAAAGCACUAGGAUUGCAGAAGCUAUAAGGGAUUUUGUAAAAGCUUUUAUUCAAUUUAAGAAGCCAAUUGUGGUUGCUAUCAACGGCCCUGCUCUUGGGCUAGGAGCUUCUAUUUUACCACUAUGUGAUAUCGUUUGGGCAAGUGAGAAGGCAUGGUUUCAGACACCAUAUGCAACAAUCCGACUCACUCCAGCUGGCUGCUCAUCAUACACAUUCCCACAAAUUCUGGGUGUUGCACUGGCAAAUGAAAUGUUGUUCUGUGGAAGAAAGCUGACAGCACAGGAAGCCUGCAGCAGAGGACUAGUGUCACAAGUAUUUUGGCCAACAACAUUUAGCCAAGAAGUGAUGCUACGAGUGAAAGAAAUGGCGUCCUGCAGUGCAGUGGUAUUGGAAGAGUCCAAAUGUCUCGUGCGGAGCUUCCUGAAAUCCGGACUUGAAGAUGUGAAUGAGAAAUAGUGUCAGAUGUUAAAACAGCUGUGGAGUUCUUCCAAAGGACUGGAUUCAUUAUUCAGCUACUUGCAAGACAAAAUUUAUGAAGUCUGA